AUGGAAGACGGCGGGACUCCACACGAUCCGCCGCAAGACCCGUCGCUCCGGCAGCUCCUCCUGAUCCCUCCGCCUAUCCACGCCGAGGACCACCCGGAGCCUCCCCCGGAGUCGAUCCUCCUCGACCGGUUCGGCUACCUCAGCGACCGCACCAACGCCACCACCGCCGGCUGCCGCAGGGGCAGGAGGAGCGGCAGGCGCAUCCUGGUCACCUUCUGGGCGGCCGCCCCGCCGCUCGUCUCCUGCUUCACCGUCCACUGCCCGGGCCUGGCGCCCUCCGCGUUCGGCGACACCCCCGAGGUCCUCUGCGCCGAGGACGACCUCGCCCUGCUCGGCGUCGCCUUCUGCCCUCAGGGCGAGCACCACCGCGCGAGGAACACCCGCUACUUCGUCUAUCAGGCCGGCGCCAGGGACAAGCCGCCGUCGCUUAGGCGGGUCCGCACGCCCCCCGGCCUCGUGCUCAACAGUAGCGAGGCUGUCCUGCUGCGCUGCCGCGACCGCGACGCGUUCUUCCUCGCCGCGCUCCGUGCCGCGUUCAUCGAUUGGGAGUGCGCGAAGAAGCAGGUCUUCGAUCUCCACCUGUACAGCUCCAGGACAGGGGGUUGGAGCACCAGCAGGUUGGUGAACGUUGAAUCCCCGCCGGAUUUCACGCUCUUCUCUCUGAACACGGUGAUCGCCAUCGGAGGGGAGCGCGGUUCAGUGGGCUGGGUCGACCUCUGGCAGGGCAUCCUCAUCUGCGACCUUCUCCUGGACAACCACCACAGCCUCCGCUACAUCCCACUGCCGCCACAGCUGGUGCCCAAUUCCUUACAGGCGGGAUACCCCAUGUAUGUUCGGGACAUCAUCGUCAUCCAAGGUCACAUCAAGUACUUCGAGAUGGACAAGAACUUCAUGCCGUGCUCCGACGUCGCAGAUGGUUGGGUAGCUGCAACAAAGAAAAUGGAGGCUUCAAAUGUUGGUGGCACUGAGAGCAGCUGGGAGGAGGACUGCACCAUCAAAUUUCAAGAGGUCCCAGUGGACAGCCCGGCGUAUGCCGAAAUGCUGCCUGAUCUGCAACAAGGUCAGGAUGCAGAGCUGACACUGAAGAGAGUCCACGCAGGUUCUCCUGCUCUGAGCCUGCACGACGGUGAUGUUGUUUACAUCAUGCACAGGCCUGAUCACCGUGGGCACAGGGCGUCAGUGAUUGCUGUUGACAUGAGGACCAAGACUCUAAAAGGUGUUGCCGAUUUCAGCACUGGAAGGCCUCUGGGUUACGUCCCCUACAUUCAAAGUGGGAUCUCCAAACAUCUCGGGAUUUGGUCCACGUCUAGUAGAGAUGGAAUUCCAGGGGAAGGCAAGCAAGAAGUUCCACGGAGAGGGUGUGCAACCGCAGCCUGCCAGCCUCACUCUUUUUGGAAGGAAUAG